UCCCGCUGUGGCAGAUGCUUGGCAUAGAUACCUAAUGAUGUCUUUGAAAGGAUAGUGAAUGUUUGCUAAGAGAUCAUUGGCAAAUUGUUGUCUUCGUCGUCUUCAGCACUCCGUUGUUGUCAAGGAAGUUAGUCAGAGUCCUAACUGUUUACAUUAGAACAGGUUUCAUCGCUGUUGUGAAUUCAUGCAUGAUUAGUGAAAAAUACUGUGUACAGGCACACAUUGGUCUUUCCUCUUAAUGGUAUAGUGUAUUGAACACGAUACAAUUCCAAGUCGGGUCGAAUAUUCAGAGGUAGUUUCGUUCCAAGGAUUAUAUCUUAAAGGUGAUGUUUAACCGGGAUGUUUGAUUGUUAAGUGACGGAACAGCCAACGCGAGGUACUAUUGACUGGUAUCGUCAUGGGACUGGAUCAUCUGAAGUUGAUGAGGGGCGUUUACACGAUCCUAGUCUUUUACAUGGUUUUUUUUAUUGUAACAGUUCAUUACGUAGACGAGAGGUUUAGUGGUGAGACAAGGAGAGAAACAUUCGGGGAACAGAAAAGGAUACCGAGAAAGAUUAGGCAGUCAACAUACGAGCCUUUCGUGAGUGUUACACCCAGGGAACAUACAACAGGAAAAUCGCUUGAAAGGCCUAAUCCAAGAGCGCGGUGGCAAAUAAAACCAAUGCGUGAAACAUUAAAUGUUAAAAGAAUGGCCGCCUACCCGGACUUCAGAAACUUUACACGUUUUGCAAUCAUCAAUAAUUAUGAUAUUGUUCGUAAGAUCAAUAACGAACGGCUCUGUUCUCCUGAUAAUGAUUCCCGUGAUGGUAUUUUAGUUUUGGUACUAAUUCUAAGCACCGCAGGAAACUUUGAGAGGAGGCGAAAUGUGCGCCUUACGUAUAGUCGCAUUGGAGGACAGGUCCGACAUUUGUUCUUGCUCGGUAAACCUAAUACAACCGAGUUGCAAAAGAGAAUAGUUAAAGAAAGUGUUGAGAGCCUUGAUAUAGUUCAAUUUAACUUCACGGACAACUACCGCGACUUGGUAAAGAAAACAAUAGGUGGUUUGCAAUGGGCCGUUCGAUUCUGUAGGAACACAAAAUAUGUUUUGAAAACUGAUGAUGACGUCAUGGUGUUUUCAGAGAGACUGGUGCGAUUUUUGAGGCAGGUCAAAGAAGAGUUUCUCUACAGUGGGCGUGUGGUGUCCGGGCCUGCCUACCGAGAUAACACAAGUAAAUGGUUUGUAAGCGAAGAAGAUUACCCAUUUAGCAGUUACCCACAAUACGCCGAGGGCUACGGUGUCCUGAUGUCAUUUCCGGUUGUCGAGAAAUUUACCGACGCAGCUAGGCGAGUGCCGUUCAUACCAGUUGAAGACGCCUAUAUUGGUUUGUUGGCAAGGGCAACAGGGAUUAUUCCGAGAUGUAACACUGCCCUUGCUCGUGGGAAUCUUAAUCUGGGUAGCUAUGUUCAUUGCAGUUACAGAAAUCUCAUGGUUUUGGAGAUUAAACGCGUUACAGGGGAGAAGUAUUUAGAAACGUGGAGGAAGUAUGCGCAGAAUAAUGACAGUAGCUGUAUCAAUACUACCGUGCCAAUUGCAUUCGUAAGAAAGUGCAAUACAUUUGGGCAUCCUCUCAAUAUUAGCCUUGAAAUAAAAGAUCAAAAACGGUGAAACGUGUAUAUAGGAACUCCGCUUUGAUUACAUGCUGAACUUCCAGCGGUUUUUCUUCCGUAGCCUCCGUCGUGCGUGUUGUCAGGAAGCUGAUCGAGCAAUGUCAAAUCAUUGAGAGUCAUGACGCUUUGAUUACGAAAAGUGAUAUUUGAUCUGAGUGUUUCAACUUCUUAGUACAUGUAUUUCCCUCAUUUAUAUUAUUAUUAUAGUUCUUUAUUCGUACUAACAAGUACAAUCAAAAGGUGCAAGUGCAGAUACAAAGUGAU